AUGGCCGCGUUGUCGAAGUCGUUUUUACUUCAGGGCUCCAGUGUGUGUUUUUUCAAAUCUUUGUCAUAUUUUUUCAGCCGGAAGAUUCAGCAUGACUUUGCUCAGGAGCGAGACUGGGACCAGUAUCAUUCUCCUCGAAACCUACUUCUUGCACUUGUGGGGGAAGUAGGAGAGUUGGCAGAGAUCUUUCAGUGGAGAGGAGAAGUCAAAGAAGGCCUGCCAGAUUUUAGUGCGAAUGAGAAAGAACAUGUAGGUCAAGAGAUUAGUGAUAUCAUGUUGUACCUGGUACGUCUUGCUGAAAAAUGUCACGUCAAUCUCCCAGAGGCAGUUAUGAAAAAAAUACAACAGAACAGAAACAAGUAUCCAGCCAGUGUUGUGUAUGGCAGGAGUGAAAAGUAUACAGAAUAUGCUCACGGUACUAAGAUCAGCCACGAGAUUGCAGACGAAACAAGGAAACUGGACAAUGGCAGUAAUUCUUGAUAUGUGUGACAGUGUCAAUUUAUCAGUUGAACAUUUUUUUUCGUUUUUUAAAAACAACAUAAUGACAAUUAAUUGAACAUUGUUAUACAUAUUUUUGUAUAGGUAAAAAUAAGCAUAUAAACAAAACAGCUUUCAUUGUGUACAUCAAAAAUCAUUCUAAAAAAUUGUCUGA